AUGGGUAUGCCGAAGGCGCUGACUGCAUGCAUACAUACAUACUUGCAUCAACUUCCUCAACGAGAAAGAAAAUUGGCAUCUCCAAAACUUUUCGAUUCGUAUCCUGCUUUCCCAAUUCAUGUUCCGAUUGCAGACGUGGAGAAGAUCUCUUUGGCCAAAUUGACGGCUGGAGACCCAACGGAGGUUUCGCGUAUGUUUAGCGCAUGCACGGAACUUGGAUUCUUAUUGCUCGAUUUGAAGAACGAUGAGGUGGGAAUGAGUUUGCAGAAAGAUGUUGAUGUCAUGUUGGGUCUUGCGAAGGAGGGUUUUGAUCUGCCUUACGAGGAGAAAACUGUGUACAAUCAAGUUCCUCCUCAAAAGCUUGUUGGUUACAAGGCAGCAGGUGUGAUGAAGACGGAAACGGGACAACCUGAUCAAUGCGAAUUCUUGAGUAUCAGUCGAGAUGAAAUGCUAGGCACCGAGCCCAUGGGCGAAAACCCACGAGUCAUCCACGAAAACCGCACCCACAUAAUCUCGUAUCUCAACCACAUAAACAGCAUCGCACAGCUUCUACUUGCGUCUAUCGACUCGUAG